CUGUUGGCCAAUCAGUACGGCCAGUCCCCAACAGUGAUCACACUCAUUCUUUCUAGCUCUCUCUCUCUCUCGAUCCACAUUUUUGUUGUGGGGGUAAAAAAAAAAGCUCUGUUUUGCUCCUGACUAUUGUAACUUUGUGACAUUUUCAACUGCUGGACUACAUUUUCUCCUCUCUUUUCUCUCGGUCUUAAUGUUCACAGGAGAAAUCUUUCAUGACUGAGUGAGCCCAUUCCGGAAUGCAGUCCAUUCGCCGAUCUUGUAUUCAUCUCUCUGUGUGCCAUCAGCUGCCUUCCUUCUAUCACGCCUGCUUCAUUAAUAUUUCCUGUCGCUUUUGAAGCAACGCCGGCGCUUCUACAUCGUUGGUUCUAACAACAUGGACUGCAUUUUGUAUGUGACAUACAAAUGAAGUUGGCCACCGUGGAGGACAAGGAGGGUUCUUGGAGUUUGUUCUAGUGGGAAAAAAAAAAAUACAAGAAAGGAGUAAACUGUGGUCGAUUUUGCAGAACUUGGAAUUUUCUUCUGUGGAUUUUUAUGGUGUGACUUGGGACUUUAGUUUGAGUCUCCAUCUGGUGACCAAAGCGGGACGUUUUUAACUUGUGGUUGGAACGUUGGAUAAAUUGAUCAGAUAAAGUUACGGAUUCAUAGCUUGUUGGACUUGACUGUGGAUUUGGAGUAUAGGUUAUGUGGGACUGAGGAAGGAAGAUAAUAAGAAGCAGAAAAAGAUACUAUUCCGUGGUGGUGUCGACGACGACGAAGACGGGCAUAGUCAUGGAGCUUCUUUGGACUUUCAUUGUUCCGGUGUUCUUGGAGUUUUUCUUCACGCCGGUCUCUGGGGGAAUCGGAGGGAUGUUUGGGGACUCGUCAAUUUCAUUUAGCUACUCAUGGAGCACAGGUCCAUGGGGUAUAUGCAACGGCAACCAAUGCGGCUUUGCUGGGAGCCAAACUCGCCAUGUGUGGUGCACCCAUCCAGUACUUAACACCCAACCCCCGUCCAAAUGUGAUCAAGUGACCAUGCCAGAGAGCCGAAGAAACUGUUUCAAAGUCUGCGAGGAGCACAGGCACCUCUUUGCGUGGCUCUCGGGCGACUGGGAAAAAUGUGAACGCCUGGACGACUCUGGAAAAUUGACAUGUGGUGAGACGUCCAUCGGAGUCAAGACGAGGGCCGUUAAGUGCAUUGACACUAGUACAGGUUUUCUUAAAGAGGACACAAGAGAGGUUGUGCCUCAGUAUAUCUGUGAGCAGUUUGAGCCCAAACCAUUCACGGAGAUGGAGUGCUUCACGCCCUGCCCACAGGACUGCAUUGUGGGUACUUUUAAACAUUGGAGCGAGUGCACGAGUUCGUGUGGCAACGGCACACAGACACGUACUCGUGAGGUCGUGGUCCCGCCUAUACGCGGGGGGAGGAGCUGUCCCAAUCUCAGCGAGACGAGGAUAUGUAAGAAUAAUCCACCGUGCGUAAGUAGAGAGUUUACGUAUUUUACUAAAGUGGGUACAUGGAUGAAGUGCCAGUCGCCAGCGAGGGCAGCCUCGGGGAACAGCGGAGUGCCUGGGAUUGGUCUGCAGUCAAGGAGUGUUUCGUGUCUGACUGGUAAUGGGCACAAAGUUGAUGAUGGCCUCUGCUACCUCAAUCAAAACACCAUAGUGCCCUCAAAGUUCCAGUCCUGUCUGGUCCCGCGCGACUGCGACACCACUAGCUGGUCAAGCUGGAGCAGCUGCCCAAACCCCUGUCGCCAGGCCAUCAGGGAUGCCGAGGUGGGGACCGUGUACAAGGAGCGUAAACGCAGCAUCACUGUAGCUCCCUUGGGAGGAGGGACGCUCUGUCCGAAGCUGGUUGAACGGCUUCCGUGUCCUGAAGCCGACGAUGAGACAAGACUGGAAUGCCCCAGGUAUGUGUGGCAGUCUACAGAAUGGGGCAGUUGCAGCGUGGACGCCAUGUUGACGCCAUACGAGAGACUACAAUUCGGCAACGAUCAGAAACUCUGCGGCGGGGGCGUGCACCAACGAGACGUCUUCUGCACUAUGUUCAACGAUACGGAUCUAGCACCAGUCGCUUCCUCCCUGUGUAAUCCCAACGCUAAGCCAGAGCCGGUUGGUCAGUGUGGUGUACCAUGCCCAGCUCCCUGCCAGGUCACUCCAUGGAGCCAGUGGAGCGAGUGUGUCUCAGACCAAUGCAGUCCGCAAAGCUCUAAGAAACUCAAAGCAGAGUCUGAAAACCCUAAUCCACUUUCCACCCCGGUUUGGGAUCGAACCCUGGACGACGUCAUCGAAGGUCACAAAAUCAGAGAACGAGAAGUUGCCACCGAAGCGGAGCACGGGGGAGUAGACUGUCCUCACUUGACCGAGUAUGCGCCGUGCGACAUCGCAUUCUGCUUCAAAUGGCACGCAGACGAUCUGGGCGCCUGCGUCCCGGUCGACAGCACGGCGAGAUGCGGGGAAGGCACCCAAGACCUGAAUAUCACCUGCUUGGACGUUAAUCAAAAUACUGUCGAUGAAGAGUUAUGUUUGAGUAUAACGCCCAAGCCUGAGAUGUCUGAAUUGUGUUGGCUGCCGUGUCCCAAUGACUGCGUAGUGGACAACUGGGCUGUGUGGAGUCCCUGCACUCAAGCAUGCGGUAAAGGAGGCAUGGAGACCAGAUAUAGAACCAUCAGAGCAUAUCCUUCUAAUGGAGGCCAUGAAUGCCCUCUCCAACGGCAUCUAAUAGAGACCAGGGCCUGUAACGAACACAGCUGCGCCCAGUUCGCUUGGAGCACGUCAGAAUGGAGCGAAUGUCUAGGUGGUCUUAAACCUGUAGUGUUGGAGGGGGUUGAAGGGAUGUGUUCCAUUGGGCGCCAGACUAGAUCCAUGGUGUGCGUCCGGACCGUGCAAAAUAAGGAGGCACCAGAGAAGAGAUGCAGUGAACAAGGAAAGCCUGACAGUGUACGUGAGUGCCACAUCCCAUGCCCCCAAGACUGCAUUGUUACCGGCUUUGGGGAAUGGACACAAUGCUCACAAACCUGCCAAACUGGUCUUGGAUUUCUGCAUAUACGAAACCGCUUCAUCUUAAAGAGAGACAGGUACGGAGGCGAGACUUGCCCAAAACUUCAAGAGCGGCAGGUGUGCCCAGUCCCAGACUCGUGCUACUCCUAUGACUGGGUACCUGGUCUGUGGGGCGAUUGUCAGUUACCUAUUGGAAGACAGAGGGGCAACUGGGACGCCUGUGGAGACGGGCUACAGACAAGAGAGGUGCAGUGCCAACGUGAAGGUGGAAUGCAAGUGGAUGUUGACCUGUGUCUACGUUACGGACCUCCAAUGAUAGCUGCUUCUCAAUCAUGCCAUAUACUGUGUGAGGGAGAAUGUGAACUUACUGAAUGGUCUCGAUGGACCGAUUGUCCUGAAACAUGUAAAGGCAGAAAGACCCGUAGGAGGCGGCUUGUUGGUCUGAGUCGUCGGUUAUCAGUGUGCACCAAUGAGCAGCUGUACCCACUGGCCGAGACCAGUCCCUGUAGGUGCCAUAACUACAGCUUACAACCCAUGGGGAUCUGGUCCGAUUGCUUCAUGGAACCCUCCCAGUUUAAGGGUCCUCCCAAGCCCGGCAGUCAGAUGGGCGAUUCAGCAGGGGGCGUGUCUGGUGGGUGUGGUCUCGGGGUGCGGUAUAGGGCGGAUAUGUGUAUAGAUGAGGAGGGGAGGAUUGUAGAUGCUGCAAAGUGUGGGAGCGAUACAGAUUUUACGGUUGAGAUGUGUGAGAUACCCUGCCCAGAGGAUUGUCAGCUCGGCCCUUGGUCCUCGUGGAGUGAAUGUAGUCAGACAUCAGGUAUUGGACAGAUGAUCAGAUGGAGAGAGAUUAUGCAGGAGUCAUCAAGCGUUGGUCGGCCCUGUCCAACCCCAGAGAGGGGCAACAGGAUAUACCAGCGCUUGCCGUGCCGAUCUGAUGCUCAUAGUCGUCUGCUUUGGUUCAAGGGACCGUGGCAAGAAUGUGAGAUUAUACAGGGUAAUGGGAGCUGUGGACAGGGACACCAGCGACGUGAAGUCGGGUGUAAGAUAAGUGGCCCGCCAGGAUCCUAUGCACCGGACAAUAGCUCCAGUCUCUGUGAUCUACAGAUUCGUCCAUCAAUGACCAGGCAGUGCGGCAAGCCAUGCUCUGGAGAAUGUGUGGUCAGUGAUUGGACAGCGUGGUCGAUUUGUCCGCAGGACUGUGACAACCUCCACUAUCACAACCGGACCAGGACGGUUCUCCGUCAGCCUUCGUCCUUAACAGAGGGGGGUGUGACCUGCCCUCCGUCCCUUCAAGUCGAGCCGUGUCAUAUGGGCGUUGACUGCACAGCGCAUAGAUGGAAUGCAACCGACUGGAGCUCGUGUAUAAUGGAGCAAGGAGCUGCUUGCGGGAAGGGGAAGAUGGUUCGCAUACCUCGGUGUCUGCUGAAUGACGGAAGGGAGGUAGACCCAUCAAUCUGUGAAAGGUUGAACCUUCCUAAGCCAGAGUCGUUGGCAGUACCUUGUUCUGUAGAGUGUCCAGAGGAUUGUAUACUGAGUCCGUGGUCAGACUGGGGGAAGUGUACCCAGGCUUGUGGACACAGCGUUGGGCGGACACGCAGUCGGUCUAUCUUGAGAUCAGCCAAUGAGAUUGGAAGGCCAUGCGUUUCAUCGUUGUACCAAUGGAGACCGUGCAAAGCUACUCCUUGCUACCGUUGGGUCACUGGAAACUGGCAACAGUGUCUUCCGAGGGGUGGUGAUUGUGGCAUAGGAUGGCAACAGCGUAAUGUCACAUGUCAACAAGAGGACGGUGUCAUUGUCAGCGAGGAGCUGUGUCAGAAAGGGGCGUACCAGAGCAACAUCAACGUCACCGAAGAAGGGCGGGAACGGCUUGAGAGAGAGCGUGUAUGUACCAUCCCUUGUCCCAGUGAAUGUCAACACACAAUCUGGAGUAGCUGGAGUAAUUGCUAUAUAUCCUGUCUACAAUCAAGACCCAUCGGUAAUGAGGGAAUAGAGGUGAGAUCUCGUGCAGCAUUGGGUCCUGAUGUCGGAUGUCCGUCAGAUGAGAUGGAGUUCAGACCAUGCCAAGGUGAAACUUGUCAUGAGUUUACGUGGCAUACAAGUCCCUGGAAGAAAGGCAAACGAGAAGUUUGGUGUCAAAGGUCAGAUGGUCUUAAUGUAACAGGUCCCUGUACUAGUGACACCAAGCCCAGUAUAUCAGUAGUAUGUCUACCAGAGUGUGACACACAGGUUUCAUUCUGCAGUGAAGACAAUGUGUGUCAGUGCAAGAAAGGAUACUCACCAAAAUUUAGUGAAUCAACAGGUCUCCUGAUCAAGUGCAUAGAUAAAUCAUGGACAAUGCAGCAAGAUGGCGGGGGAGAACAUAGGACACCAGACCAGAGUGUGAGCGCUAAUCAAGGCAAUCAAGCGACUACUACAGAAAAUGAUACCAUCCAGAAAGACGCUGAAAACACGAGAUCUAAAGGAUUCUUUGAAACAAUACCUCCUUGGGGCUAUGCUGUAGUAGGCUGUGUUGGACUUUUGAUCCUAGUUAUUAUCAUUGUUGUAGCUGUCGUUUAUGGCUGUCGUACAGCAAGACGGAAGGAGGAAGAAAAGAGGAAGUACCAACAUGCAGCCGAUUAUUCCCUCUACUGGGACGACAACGCUAAAAAGAAAUACAACGGGGAGGUAGAUCUCUGAUGACACCAUCAAAUCACAAACCAAGGUUUUUUGUAAAUUAUUUUGCUCUUUCUUUCAUUUGUGUACAAACUUUUGUGGUAUUUUUUUAAAUAUAUAUAUAUAUUAAAAAAUCUUGAAAAAAAAGGAAAAAGAAGGACACUGUACUUGAAAGGUUGUAGAAAAAUGCAGUUUAUCCGCAAGCUGGAGUGACACAGUGACAUUUUGAUAAAGGGGUGUACCAACGAGAUCAAACGGUGGACAAAGUUUCCAUUUUCACGUCCAUCAAGUUGUUUUUUUCCAUAUCGAAAAAAACGUCCUGGGUGUUUUUUCACAGCGUGAUCGUUUAAUAGGAUGUAUCUACAUAAUAUAACCACUUGUAACAAAAAAAGGAAAAAAAAACACUCAAUUUGUCCGAUUUCGCCGUUCAGGAUUUUUCUGCACAGAUUCUACACAACCUGUAAAUAUUACUGUACUUUGAACUUUCAUUAUGAAGGUCAAAGGUGAAG